AUAAGUCAAUUGGAUUUAUUUAUAAAUCGUCAUAUAAUCAGGUAGUUGCUGCCAUGAACAUAUUGAUAGUUUAUGCGUUGUUCACUUUAAUGAUCCACGUAGAAGGUAACAGUGACGUUUCAUGUCCGACACCGUUAUGUCAAUGUCAGUAUUUACAAGCUAUUUGCUCCGGGGAGAAUCUUACAUAUAUUCCUCGCUUACCAGACAAGAUUCGUUACGUAACCUUUAUAAAUGGAAAUAUCGGAAUACUUUUACGAGAACGCAUAGGAAACUUAACUUUUAACCACAUUGAAAAGCUAAAGUUCACAAGUAAUAGGAUCUUUGGAAUUAAACCGAAUACAUUUGCUAACUUGACUUGGAUAACUCGUUUCACUUUGUCAUCGGAACACUCAUUAGAUGUAUUUGAUGUCAGAUAUGCAUUAAUAGAUAUUGGCACAAGAUCUAGAUAUCUAAAAAAGGUAUUUCUAAUAGCCAUUGGUUUGACUGUUCUUCCAAAUGAUAUGUUCAAAUCUUUAAAAACAAGUAAAAUUGAUACGAUAAGUCUCAAAAGCAAUAACAUUACGAUUUUAAACUGUUUGUGGUUUUCAGAUUUGAAACAGUUGGUUGAAUUGGAUGUACGAUCUAAUCAAAUAACACAUGUCAUACCUGGGAUGAUGCAAAACCUUCGAAUAUUAUCCUUAAACCACAAUGACCUAAAUCGCUUGCCCAAUUUUUGUAUAGACCACGAAAUAAAGAGUGCAUUUCCUAACUUGUUAAAACUAGAUAUAAGCAGCAAUAAGAUUUUAACCCUUGGUCAAAUUCGAUGUUUGCCAAGUCUUCAAAGUCUCAUCAUCGGUAAUAAUCUGAUCCGAGUUAUUCAUUCUGAUACGUUUUCGAAUUUACAACAAUUAACGAGACUCGGCUUAAUGGCUGUAGGCAAACCAUUGAAGAAAAUAGAGGAAGGAGCUCUAAAUAUUUCGUCGUUAAAGACGUUAUCGCUUAGAAAGUGUAAUUUUUAUUUCUACAAACUUUCAUCACUGGCUCUCAGUAAAAUAUUUUCAUCCUGUCAAAAUUUAGAAAGCAUAGAUCUCGGUGGAAAUGUCAUAAACAGUGGUUCCACUGUUUUGACUCCGUUGAUAUCUCCAUUGACAAAGUUGAGGAACCUAAACUUACAGGCAACCAAGAUUAACAGUUUGCCUGAAUACACAUUUACAAACAUGCAAUACAUAAAGACGAUCAUUUUAAGUGAGAAUAGAAUAUAUAGUUGGCAUGGUCCAAGAGUGUUUGGCAACAUGACAUCUUUAAUAUAUAUUGAUUUAGGCAGUAACUUAAUAACCAUCAUUGACGAGACAUCAUUUCCACCAUCUUUACUGAAAAAUUUAGAAAAGAUAAGUUUAGCCUUCAAUCGCUUUUCCUGUACUUGUGAACAGAUGUGGUUUUUAAAUUGGCUGCAAAAGACAAAUACGAGUAUUGUAAGUUAUCCCCAAAAAUACUAUUGUACCCAGCCAGCAAACUUUAAUCAUGUGUUACUAAAAUAUUACAAUCCUACUGUUGAGUCGUGCACUCCUUGGAAUCCAUUUUUCACCACUGUUAUUUUAAUUUCUACUUUUGGAAUCCUGGUUAUAGCAUCGUGUGGUUUUUUCUUAAAAUGUCAUACGAAUAUGAAGAAUUAUGUUUACCUCCUCAGAGUGAAACAUCGUAAACGAUAUGGUUAUCUGCCAAUUGAAAGCAGCGAUACUUAUGAAUAUCAUGCUUUUGUUGUUUAUUGCGAUUCAAAUCGGACAUGGGUUCAUAAUGAGUUCGUUAAAAGACUUGAAACGGAAGAGGGACUUAAGUUUUGUAUACACCAUAGAGAUUUUGUUGCUGGAGAUACAAUAAGUGCAAAUGUAGACAAUUUUUUAAAGGAAUCGUGGAAAGUUGUUGUCAUAAUGUCAAAUGCGUUGGCUAAAAGUGAAUGGUGUCAGUGGGAAAUCGACAUCGUUCAGGAAAGAAGACGUCGACAAGGCCGAGAUGCGCUUGUGUUAAUCAUGCUUGAAAACAUAAACUCGAAAAAUAUGACGAGUCCAUUGCGUACUUUGCUAGACAGUACACCAUUUAUUCGUUACAAGAAAGGAAUUGGGGAAGAUUUGUUUUGGAAAGCGGUUGUAGAAGGUCUGCGAAAAUCUAUCGGACAACCUCCAGUUUCUUUGUUAUAAAAUGUUCAUUUAAGCAGCAAUAUACGUGUACGAUACCUGCAAUUCAAAACACAUUACAAACAAUACGGAUACAGAUUUUAUUCUAUCCAUUUUGAUAUUCCGUGACUUCAGCCUCAAUCUGUCCUACAAGGAUUUAUUGAAAAAAAUGUACUCUAUGUAAAACGUUAAUUUCAACUUUUCCGUUCUCAUUGUCUUAUCCAUUUGUAUAUUUUUAUAUAACGUAUUCGGAUACGCAGGAUAGAUGACUUAACAAUCUUCAAAGUUUUUGUACAACAUUCUCUGUUCAAUUCUUUGGAAAUAAAAAUAGUGUACUCAUUUGAAAUAUACAUAUUGAAACUUUAAAA